UCGUUCCCUUUUGUCCAAGAUGGCGGCGGCCGCCGGAGGCGUCUCCUGAGCCGCGGGCCCCGGCGCCAUGAAGCGGGGCAGCGAACGGGACUCCAGCCCGCCAGGGGCUGGGGGAGGCCGCGCCGCCGCCGCCAAGCGGCCCCGCGAACGCGAACGAGAGAGCAGCAGCCGGCGCGGCCCACACCGGAGUUCGGGCGCCUCCCGCAGCAGCCGGGACAAGUCCACGCCCGGCGGCGGCGGCGGCGGCAGCGGCGGAGGCGGCGGCACCACCAGCGGUGGCAGCAGCGGAGGCGGCUCCAGCUCCCGCAGCCACCGCGGCGAUGGAGGCGGCAGCGGCGAUUCCAACCACCGCCCGGCGGGGAGCGGCUCGGCCUCGGGCGCCCGCGGCGGCAGCCAGGCCGCCCCCUCUUCCUCCUCCUCGUCCCGGGCGCUCGGCGUGCCCAAGGCCAAGGCCCUGCCCGGCGCCGUGGUGGCCCCGUCGCUGCUGCUGGCCGGGCCGCCGCCGGGCGCCGCGCCCUCCUUGCUGCUGGCGCCUCUGGGGGGCUCGGCAGGCCUGGCCGGGGAGCCGCCCGGCUCCUGUGAGUACAAGACGCUGCUGGUGAGCGGGCUGAGCGCGGCCCUGCCCGACCAGCUGCUGGAGGACGGGCUGUUCCGCCUCUUCCAGCGCUUCCGGGGGGGGGGCGCCGGGGACAUCAGUGUCAAGCUCUCCCACACGCCCGAGCUCGGCCGAGUCGCCUACGUCAACUUCCGACACCCCGGGGACGCCCGCGACGCCCGCCGGCACGCCCGGGCUCGGCAGAUGCUCCUCUACGACCGGCCCCUGAAGGUGGAGCCGGUGUACCUGCGCGGGGGCCGGAGGAGCCGCACGCCGCCCCCCGCGCCCUCUCCGGAGCCCCUGGGCUACCUGCCGCCCAUCCACAGCACCUACCAGUACAAGCAGCGGUCGCUGUCGCCCGUCACCAGCCCCUUGCUGCGGGAGCCGCGGCCCAGACACGCUCACGCCGCCGCCGCCGCCUUCGCCUUGGAAGCGGCCGCCAUCGGGCUCUCCCGGGAGCGGGAGAGGGCCCUGGAUUACUACGGGCUGUACGACGAGCGUGGCCGCCCUUACAGUUACCCCAUCGUGGCUGAGGAAGACCUGAUGCCAGAGGAUGAUCAGAGAGCAACCCGCAACCUCUUCAUUGGCAACCUGGACCACAACGUCUCAGAGGUGGAGCUCAGACGUGCCUUUGAGAAGUACGGCAUCAUCGAAGAAGUGGUGAUCAAGCGCCCUGCCCGCGGCCAGGGCGGGGCUUACGCUUUCCUCAAGUUCCAGAACUUGGACAUGGCACAUCGGGCCAAGGUUGCCAUGUCGGGCCGCGUUGUUGGCAGGAACCCUAUCAAAAUUGGCUACGGGAAAGCCAACCCUACUACCAGGCUGUGGGUGGGUGGUCUCGGUCCCAGUACUUCCUUGGCUGCCCUGGCAAGGGAGUUCGACCGUUUCGGGAGCAUCAGGACUAUUGACUACGUGAAGGGAGACAGCUUCGCUUAUAUCCAGUACGAGAGCUUGGAUGCUGCCCAGGCUGCCUGUGCUCAGAUGAGGGGCUUUCCUUUGGGAGGACCGGAGAGGAGACUCCGAGUGGAUUUUGCCAAAGCAGAAGAGACAAGAUACCCACAGCAGUACCAGCCGGCACCGCUGCCCGUGCACUACGAACUGCUCGCUGAUGGGUACAGCAGACACAGAAGCCUAGAGCAAGACUUGAGGGUGCGAGAUAGGACUCCUCCACAUCUCCUGUACUCAGACAGAGACAGGAGCUUUGUAGAGGCAGACUGGGCCAGCCCUGCCAAAAACGCCGAACGCAGAAACAACUUGGAAAGCUACAGCCGAUCGGUGCGUAGCCGGAGCGGAGAGCGCUGGGGCAGCGACAGCGAUCGCAGCCUGCCCAAACUGUGGGAAGAGAGGCGGAAACGCCGGAGUCUUUCCAGUGACCGCGGGAGGACUACUCACUCGCCUUACGAGGACAGAAGCAGGACAAAGGCCGGUGGGCCAGCUUUAGACCGCAGCCCAGAGAGGGCUCGCAAGGAGAACCACACUACAGAAUCCGGAGCUGAGAAAGAGCCGAGUAACUCCCUUCAGAACAAUCGUCAUGCGACCGAGGAGAAACCCCAUCGUGAGGCCCCCGAUGCUCCCCAGCCUAAAAAAAGGGACAGCGAACGCAAUCAUCGAACUGGUGAAUCGGAAUCAAAAACUCACGAGGAGCCAAAAUCCGAGACCAAAAAGCUAAAGAAUUUAUCGGAAUACGCUCAGACACUGCAGCUUGCUUGGAAUGGGCUUCUUGUGCUAAAAAACAGCUGCUUCCCCACCUCUAUGCACAUCCUGGAGGGAGACCUCGGUGUCAUCAACGGACUCCUUAAAGACCAUUCAUCCGGCGGGAAGUUAACGCAGCUCAAAAUCGCUCAGAGACUUCGGCUCGACCAGCCCAAGCUGGAUGAAGUAACUCGCCGCAUCAAACAAGGCAGCCCCAACGGCUACGCUGUGCUCCUGGCCACCCAGUCCACCCCGGCAGGGGCUGAGGGGACCUUCCCUGUUGUAGAGCCUGGCUUGCAGCGACGGCUUCUCAGGAAUCUGGUCUCCUACUUGAAACAGAAGCAGGCUGCUGGGGUUAUCAGCCUGCCCGUGGGAGGGGCGAAGGGCAGAGACAGCACAGGCAUGCUUUACGCGUUCCCUCCUUGUGAAUUCUCUCAGCAGUACCUCCAGUCAGCACUAAGGACAUUGGGAAAGUUAGAAGAAGAACAUAUGGUGAUAGUUAUAGUCAAAGACACUGCCUAGCCCACACUGUCUUUUCAAAUUCCAUGUUUUCUUUGUGUGUCACACAACCCAGUUGUUUUUAAGGCUGAUCAUUUUGGUGGGGGCUCAAAACACCUUGGCCAAAAUGGUAAGAUUUUUAGUUUCUAAUUAAUUUUAAUACCAUUUAAAUAGAGCCCAUUUUAUUCGUUUUUAAUAUGUGACACUGUCCGCUGUUGUUCUGUAUUUUUAUUUUUUAACUGUAUGAAAAGUUGUCAGUAAAGCCUUGUUCACUGAUGGAUUUCUAAA